UGUAUGUCUGACGAUGUCAUCGUUCGUAUCUUAUGUAAAUAUAUGAAACGUGCAGGUGACUUGGGGACUAAAAUUAUUAAUUGAUCUGUGUCUAUGUGUAUAUGCUCAAUGCUAGAGUCCAAAGCAAUUUGAUUCUCAAAUUCUAAUCCCACUGACUAAGCUCGAGUUGGACUAUUCGCCUGACCAUUUCUUAAAGAAUUGAACCUCGAUGCACGAAAUGGAUCAAGAAAGCCGGUGAAUUUGCACAAAGAAACGAAUCGCUCGACUUGCCAGAUUGAAUACGAACGGGAGGGAUGGAACACUCCGCUAGAAAAGCUCUUCUUUGGUAGUCUCUAAAUGCCCGUGGACCACGAAYAAUGGAUUUGACAGCAAAAAUUGGUGGAUUUUUCCGUAGUAUUAUAAAUCCUGAGGGAGAAGGACCUCUUACGCAAGGCAAUGUUGUAUUAUCCUCGCCGAAUGCUACCGACUCCGCAACGCCGUCAGAAGCGGAACAGCUCAAUGAUCGUGAUGAAUUCUACGACGAUCAACGUGACGGCAGCGAGUUCUCGGGCGGUGGAAUCUCACGCGACCGCCAAGGUACGUUUCCUGUGAGUAAACGCAAUGAACUUGCGUCAAAGCUUCAGGUUCCGCGCAGUCCGCAAUUCCGUAGACGUUUUACGGUAGCAACAUCGCCCAAUCUCGGUGCUAGCAGUAGUUCCUUACCGAACGGCCGAAGUACUUCGCAUCGGGCUUCGACUCGCAGCGCUGGUGAAACUUAUUCYGAUGAUGARACGAUUUUGUCCCGAUCAUCCCGACGUCAUGAGAUGAUUGGUGGCUCGUUAAGAGGUCGGCAUCCCGAAUCUCCGAGCCGAUCACAAACGCCRACGAGGCAUUUUUCAAGUAGUAGCUCGGCGUCUGAGAGUACAUCAGAAAGCCAUAUCCGUGGAGUAGGAAAAUUAAUUGUUGUACUAGACUUUACAAUGCAUACAUCAAAACUUAGCGUCACAAUAGCAAAAAUGGAGUUCCCGCCCUACCAGCAACGCGAUACGUCGUUACUUGAGGUCAGCGUAAUGCUUCUUCCAGGCAAGCGCCAGAGUUUCCGCGCCAAACCAAAAGACUUCCACGAUCCAGUAGCAAUCUACCUAUACCCACGUGACAAAGUCAAAGAUAUGUCGCUACGAUUUCGUCUGUACGAACACGGAGCAAUGGGAGCUAGGCACCUUUUGGGCGAAGGGACAUUAAGGCUGAAGAACGUUAAUCUUGAUAGUGAAAUGGUCCCUGUACCGGUGGAUCUGCAGCCCCCAGGUUCUUACGUCCCUGAGGGAGCCUCGGGAGCAAUUAUGUACGAAGGAGAGCUUGCCAUWUCUGAAGAAGAUCGUCCUGAGAUUCUAAUUUCGCUUGAGUAUCGCCGUCUUACUGGUAAAUUACUCCUGGAAGUUAUCAAAACUAGGAACCUUGGGAUGCUAACCGACUCCAAGGCUAAAGAAAUGUUUGUUAGUGUUCGACUCAUUGGGAACAAUGGGGACCUUAUCAGUAAGGGUCGCACAACUCCUAGACGUCACAUGGUCGACCCUGAAUAUAAUGAGAUGUUUUUGUUCCAUGUUCCAGAACAAGAACUGAAUAGCGUUACWGUAUUAAUUACCGUCACAAGCGUGAGUAAAACAUUAGGAMGAAAGCUGAAAAUUGGACAGUUAGCCCUAGGGCAGAACUUUAGUAGCGARGAAGAGCUGAAGCAUUGGUACGAGAUGACGAGGAGUAAGGAGAAGUCUAUCGUGAGAUGGCAUCGGAUAAACGAGGUCACAUAAACAUGAACAUUUCUAGUUAGAUUAUAUUAUAAUAAUUCAGUAAUAAUGAAAUUCAAGUCUUACAAAAUGACAUACAGGAACAUGAAAAGUAGGUAUUGGAAAUAUCUUAGCAAAUCAAAGAACGGUUCDAGGUGCAAUGACGAACGUGUAUUGUACGGAAGGUACAAUUUGCGAUGAGCACGCACGACGCAUGCGCAAGUCAAAAUGGACUGUAAUACAAACUCUGAAGACAUUAACAUAAUUACCAACCUAGUUAACAUGCUAAUUAUUCAUCGUAUAAUGAUUGGCGCUUUACUAUAAUGACGUCAUUUGCUAUUCCACGAAAUGCACUAUGGGAUUGACCAAGCACAAACUAAAUUCAUCUUGUCUCAGUAUACUUCGCGAGUUAUACAAGUAUUACAUAUUUCCCCAACAGCUCGAUCGUUGGGUACACUUUAUUGCGCUGGCAUCUUAUCUAAUUAUGAUAUGAUAGCGUUUUAAUUUCGCAAAGAAACUCGUUCUUCGUAGUUUUUCAGUAUACAUCCGCCAUCUUGAAACUUUUAUCAAUACCGUGAUGCACUUCGGGAAAACAAAGAUGACGUCAUUAGUUAAAAAAACUAUCACAUAGGACAAAUGCUGAGCAGAGAUAAUACAGUUUUAUAACUAUAGUACCUGGAAACACACCAUGUCAUUCCUGGACUGCCAUGACAGACAUGUAGGCUACAAUGUAGCUUGUUCAUGAAGAGGUUGUUCUUAAAAUUGGUUAACACACUACCGAAAGUCACUAUGGGCAUCUUUUACUUAUUAUCAUUAUUACGCCGAUCAAACGCAGUCAAUGUUGUCGUUUCUACUUGAAUUUGAUGUCUUUGAUGACUUUUUGUUUGAAUGCUUGCAACUUCUUCAGUUUGUCUUUGUUUUGCCCUUCAAGUGAGUGAGUGAGUGAUUGAGCGAGUGAGUGAGUGAAGUGUACGUGGAUACAACAGUAUCCAUGGUAAUCUUCGGUUGUGGAUUCUAUCUGAUAGUCCUUUAUGAAGUUGCUAUAUCGCGCGCAAGCACAACGUUUAAAACAAACGAGCGCUCAAGAAUUUCGGUAUUAAACUGCACUCCAAGCAGAAUGCGAUCAAUGCGGUCAAAUAGGUUGAAAAAGUUUAAUCAAGUGUAAUGUAACUUUACUUGAAACGUGAACCUGAUAGGCUUCUUAAAUUUCGUUUUAUCCACCAAUAAACAAACUAAGGGAAAAUUAACAUUAACAGUGCAAUAAAUACGCCCUGUUUUCCAGUUAAAACGCGUGUCAAAAUAGGUAUAAACCGCUAAGCAGUUUGAUAGCAGGCAAACCCCUAUCUUCUGAUUUUAACUGCAUACAGUAUGUUUAGACGCAAUGAAGUAUGUAUGAAUACAUUCUUGAGCAGCAGGAAUGAUUAAAGAGCUUCCGAUCGAGGCUUCUUUGSAGUGCCACAACACAUACCAACCCAGCCUCGUCUGGGUGUUUUAUCUACCAAACUGUUCAGCGGUUUGUAAGCAAUAAAAUAAGCAAAGCUCAAUGCGCGCCAAUCGCCUAAUAUGGAGCUAUAAUAGCGUUGUGAAAUGAAACCAACGAAUAAAAUGUUGUUAAUAAGAAUGACAAAAAUACCACU